AUGUCUCUCUUAGCUCUGGGUCGCAAUGGGCGAUCCCAGGCGGGAGCAGAGGCCAGUGGCCUCGAUUCUCUGAUGGGCUGGGCCUACACUACGAUCGAGUUCACGUUAUUCCUGUGGUCGAUCGCCGUGGGCCUCGCUUAUGACGGUCUUGCAGCCCUUCUCACUAGCCGGGUCUACCGUGCCGGGGCUGGGGCAGUCCUCCUCUACCUGCUGGGUACCACCCUGAUUGAGCUGGUGACAAGCGGUGACGGGGGACCUGAGCUCCUCUUCUUCCUCAGGAUGGCCGUCUUCGUCUACUGUGUCGGCUAUCAGGUUCGCGCACUCUGUGACUACACCCCUGUCCGCGUCCUCCUCCUCCUCAGUGGAGGGUACCCCUUGUUCCGCCACGGGGCGGCGGCGAUUGCCGAGCCGUUCCGGGACUACGCGGCGAUGGGCCCUUAUGCAGGUGUGCUCCUCACCUUCUCCGCCAUCUACCUCGCCACGCGCUCCAUGGGGCGGCACGUUGGCUACUUCAUGGACACGUACAUCAAGACGUACGUGCUUGAGACCCGGAUCGAUUCCUUGCUCCGCCGAGUCCGUGGAGGCGGUGCUCAUGCUGACGAGCCUUCAGAAGAGUCGGUCUCCCUCCUCCACGCCUAUCUCCGAGCCCGCGGUGGCCUGCUCUGCACGCUUUCCGUCGCCGUUUACCAGUACCGCCUUGUCAUGAUCCCGCUACUAGUCCUCGGGGGGCUCGGGGGAGUCGGCGCUGUUUGCCCUUCGUGUGGCAGCUCGAUCGCAUCCUGCACCUACGACACAGAUCAACGGUGCCCGACCAUCACCAUUGUCGCGACCAACGCGUCGGCGAUGGCAGGCGUCGGAGUCGUGAGUACCGUCACUCUUGCCACCCUCAUCCGGCCGCGCUACCUGCGCAUCUUUGGGACGAACGCCCUUCAGGCCCUUGUGGCGAUGCGCCGCCGCCCAGCCGCGGGCACGCCCUUCUCCAUCACUGCCGAUACCUCCAAGGGCGAUAUCGUCCAGGCCAUCUCCGCCGGACGCAUCUGCCAGAUGGAGGCAGUCGAGCAGCUGGCCCAGCAGCUUUCUGGCGUCGAGGCCGAGGAAGAGGGGGAAGAGAAAACCCGAAAGCUUGCGAACAUUACCCGCAGCCUGGACCUCCUGAGGACGCUCAAGGAGACUGCAAUCCCUGACGCCGGGGGGUCCGAGCACGGUCCAACCGUCCCAACUGGGGAUUAUACCUUCACUUUCGCCAAGGUGAGCCGGGAGGUGGCUGACGGCGUUGCAAAAUCGUCAACCACUGCGUCGCUCAACGCCGGGACGACCACCACGCAACGGGCGACCUCAGUUCACAGUGCGCGCAUCGUCUACCCGAAGACCGAGUCGGAAUUUGGGGCCGCACUCAACCUCCCCUACGCCCUCGGGACGCGCACCGCGCUACUGCUCCCGGGCCAGGGGUGUAAGGGAACACACUAG